AUGUCUAUUCAAGUUUCCUUAGACGACACAGAAUUUUCUCUGGUUUUGGAUGCCCUGCAACUCAUGCAAAGCGAGCUAGCUGUGGCUCUUGCUAAUCAAUUACUCACCCAUAACCCACCUUCGCCGCAUUCAACCGAAGACAAUCCAGUGGGAGACAGGCAAUACGCAGGUGGAUGUGCUCUUUCGGGUGGCAAGGGAUCUCACCGAAUGCAACCUUACCAUCAUUGCCCUAGGAACUCCAGGAAUUUGGCUAUGGGAGGAAGGUGGACCAUCGGAGAAAACACGGCCCGUUCUUCCAACAUCUCGGCAGAAGCCUUCAUUGGGGUAAUUGCAGCCAUGGACACUGGUCUUCAGUUGGAUCUGGCCCAGUGGAUGGAGAGUAUUCGCUCUGUGGCAUCUGAGAUUCAGUUGUCAGGUGAUACUGUGACGUCUUUGACUUACCGGUGUAAGGUUUGGGGCGGAAAGGGUGUUGGGUGGAGUUUGAUUUCCAUGGUGAACUACAUGCAGCUAGCAAUGAAAUGCCAGAGUAUGAUAGAUUCAUCCACUACCUACAGUGAUUUAUAUGAAACCCUACCGGUGGACAGACCUACCAUUCGCACCUUUCUGUUCUGGAUUGCCACGGGUUUCAAGUUCAUGCACUUGGCAGCAGGGGGGAUGCAAGCCAAUGUGCCCUGGGAAAUCACCAAGAUGUUGAGAAGGCCGAAUGCCUGCGAAAGCGAUUUACUGGUUCUCAUAGAAAGGAGAAUUAUACCAAUGAUAUCUCGUCUGCGUAAAUCCCUACCUUUGAGCAUGCCUGGUGCAUCUGUAGCCCUGGACAGAGAGGUGGAUUGGACGUGCAUUAGGGACACUGACCGCCUUUUUGAUGGGGUGAAUACUAAUAAUUACCAGCUCCCUUCUUGGCACAAAUCGGCUUGGAGAAGUUGUCUAGACCCUUGCUGGGAUGAGAAGCUGAGCCUGGGGUGCAUCACCAGGUCAUUUGGAGAUGUCGGCGCAGCAACAGCACCUACAGCUUCACCUGCUGUAAGACUACUGCACUUACCCGAAUUCUUUGACGACUCUACCUCUAUCAAGAUGCUCCCAAAGUUGAUUUCCAUAGAGACAGCCUUUGACCGUGAGGCUCCUGAGAACCAACGCAAUCUGGUUAACGGCGACAAAGUGCAGAACUUGCUGUGGACUAUUGAGCAGCGAAAGAUCGUUGAGGAGAGUGCAGUAACAAUCACUGACACAGAAGAUUUAAAGGUGAAGCUAUCCAUGUUCUACCCCUCCAGAAUUAAACAACCAGACACCUACAUCAAGAUUCCAAUGUCUAUCCUUCCAGGAGCAUUGGAAAUUCACAACUUGGAUGGGAGCCUCAUGGUGUUCAUCUGCAAUUUCAUGCCUCCUUCAAUGCGAGAUACCCUUUUCCCAUUACUGAAAUCUACUUUUGAUUGCCUAGAUGUGUUCAAGAAUCACACCGUGUUGUCCAUCUCUCAAGAGACCCAGGAUCCUGAGGCCGUAUCACAAUCUGAAGCAAAUGAACUGUUUCGCUGCAUUCACUUUAGCCAUUGGAAUAGAUACAGUCUUUCGGGCAACAUGGCACCUGCUGACACACACCCUCAUGAUUUGGUGGCUACAUCAGGCAGAACUAACCUCACACAAAAACUGCCUUACAUGUCACGCGAAACUUUUGAAUAUGAGCAACUGUAUCUCAACAUCCAGAAUAACCUAAGGGAGGUUUUUGAGUGGAUAGAGCAGACAGUAGCUCAUUAUCUUCCAGAUGACUAUACUGUUCUUGCUGAGCUCGUUGAUAUUCUUCCCAAUGCUGGUGGAUCACCGGUAAAACCUUUCUUGUCUCUGGUGGUGAACAUCAACGUCUGCACAAUAGGUCAUCGGGACGGAAAGGACUUUUGA